CGCUGCGAGAAAGUUGCGGGCCCGUCCGCAGAGCGCCAUCGUCUUCAGCGGAGCACACACAGCAGCUAGGUGUGCUCUUCCUGCAGCGCCAGAUAUUGUAAAUAAUUAACAGUAAAAAACUCACCACCAAAGAAAGUUAUAACCGAAAACGCUUAAGCAAACCAAAGAUGCAUAAAUCUUAACUAAUAUGAUACAUAGUCAAUAUGUAUAUAGAAACUAGUAACGAUAAUUAAAGUAAACGCAAGGAAUUACACCGAUCCCGGCAAGCAAAUGUCCGGAUAGGGGAGCCGCCACCUGACCAAUGGAUGAAAAUGCAGCCGUCGUCGCCGUCACUUUCGCCGUCGUCACUUUCGCAUCGCUUUUGUCAGCAGCAGCAGCAGCAACAGCAGCAACAGGAAAAAUCAGAGAAGCAGCAGAAGGAUCAGAAGGAGCAGUCCAGGCUGGCCGGAUUCUCGCCCUGCCACGCCCACGCCAAUCGAACGCCCUCGGUCGGUACGGCAGCGCUGCCUCAGCUGGCGUCGACGCCCGCACCGGCAGCAGCGGCCUAAGUUGCCAAACCGAAAGAAUCCCACUUCGAAAUAGCCCAUCUAGACCGCAGCAACAGAUAUUGCAUCUGCGACAUAUAUUGCAACUGCAACAGCCAAAAAUAUUGCGGUUUUAGCUGCGGCAGCAACACAAAUUGCAGCUUCAACUGCAACAGCAACAGAAAUCGUAGCAACCUCAAGGAGGCCAACGCACAGAGCAACAGCUACGCAUAAGGCAGCACAAAAAGGCGCAGGAUAGACCGGAAGCGGAAGGACCGGAAGAAGGGCGGGCAGCGGACACAGGCAAACAAAAUGGCGGAUGGUGGGCAUUCAUUCGUGAAGAAGACAUUUCAUAAGCCAACAUAUUGUCACCACUGCUCGGAUCUGCUCUGGGGCCUCAUACAGCAGGGAUAUAUCUGCGAAGUUUGCAACUUUAUUAUUCACGAACGAUGUGUCAGCAGCGUGGUAACGCCCUGUUCCGGCAUCGCUCCAUGCAUUAUAAAGAAUCCCGUUGCCCAUUGUUGGUCCGAGCCAACUCAUCACAAGAGAAAAUUCUGCACAGUCUGCCGUAAGCGAUUGGAUGAAACGCCAGCGGUGCAUUGUUUAGUCUGCGAAUAUUUCGCGCAUAUUGAGUGCCAAGAUUUUGCCGUGCCCGAUUGCACCGAGAAUGCCACUUAUGUGCCGGGCAAGGAGCUGCUUAAUGUGAAGCAUCAGCAUCACUGGCGAGAGGGCAAUCUUCCAUCAACGUCCAAAUGCGCCUACUGCAAGAAAACCUGUUGGUCCUCGGAAUGUCUCACUGGCUAUCGCUGCGAGUGGUGUGGCAUGACGACCCAUGCCGGAUGUCGCGUGUACCUGCCAACCGAAUGUAAUUUUGGUAUUCUACAACCUAUCUACUUACCUCCGCACUCAGUCUCGAUUCCGCGCACCGAGGUGCCCAUCGAGGCCAUUAUCGGCGUCCAGGUCAAAUCGAAGACUUCGCUCGUGCGUGACUACUCGUGUCCCAGUCCGGACUUGAGCUGCCCGAUUCCGGGUGCGGGAUCGGUCUCCCUGGCGGGUCUCAGCCUGAAGGAGCUGCUCGAGCUCCACAGGCAGAGGCGAGAGCAAUCGAAACAACAUUUUCUCUUUUCCACACCGCCCACGCCCACCUCCUGCGGCUCCAUCUCGCUCUGCCACUCGCCCACGCCCUCCUGCCUCACAGUCGGCGAAACGAGCAACGAGGCGGAGCAGGAUCGCAAUCGGGAUCGGGAUCAGCCAGAGGAGGAACCCGAGGAGGAGAACACGGAACAGGACAGCGCUCUGCAGCUGACCACGUCCGCGUCGCAUGUGGCUGGCAAACUGGAGAAGUCGCCCUCGGCCAACUCCUCGCUGCACCUGCUCUACACGAAUCUCUUCCGAAAGCUGGGCCAGGGCAAGCGGAGGCGGAAACGGGGCUCCUCCGGCGGGGGCAUCUCGCCCAGCGAGGACGAGGACGACGUGGACGGCGGAGUCUGUGAUAUAAGCGGCGGCGAUCUGAGCGACGACUACGAUCACUGCGACGUGGCGCUGCGCCGGCGAUCGCUGCGUAGCCGGCAGCCACGGGACGUCAGCGAGACGGACUACCACGGCGAUGCCGAGAUGGAGAUGGAGACGGCAGAGACGGCGCCGCGAGAGAGCUGCUACGAGACCUCGGACACGGGCGGCGAGCUGACCAACACCGACGACCUCGACAGCAGCCUCAACCUGAUCAGCAACCUUAGCUAUAAUAGUAGUAAUAACAGCAAUGCCUCGGGAGGAGCGGCUGCUCCGUCCGCCAAGCCAACCACCACUGCCCCGGGAAAGUCCGGACACGCCUUGAGCGUCCAGGGCGGACGCCAGCAACCCAAGACUGGGGCUCUGGCCCAGGCCAAGCCCAAGCCAAAGCCCAUACUCAUGGCCAAGCACAAGGCGCCGGGCAAGGGCGGCUCCCUCAGCUCGCCGCUGUCCAACUCCAACUCCAGCGACUGCUCCUCGGCCUCGCCCUCGGCCCCGGCCACCCUGCUCCAGCUGUCGCCGGUGGGCAGGAGCAAGUCCUUCCAGGAGUCGGCGGCCAUUACGGCCGUCGCGCGCUACAAGAAGUACGGACGCGGCCUGUUCCAGCGCCGUCGCUCGAAGAGAUCGCCCAAGAACGCCGGCGGAGCGGGGGGCAAGAGCAACUACAGCCUGGACAGGCUGUCGCAGAACAUCGAGAUCACCAUCCAGGACGAGGAUGGCAACUACCAGGCGUACGAUGACAACUACCACACGCUGGCACGGCGACUGGACGCCACCGAUGUGGACGACGACGUGGGCUUCGAGGAUCUCUACCUGGACGACCGGCCCAGCGGGGUCAGCGGGGUCAGCGGGGCCAGCGAUGACCUGGCCUUCGCCGGCGACAUCAGCGACGGCGGGGCCAGCAGUCGCUCCCGGGCCAGUGACGCCAGCGAUGGCCAUGUCCUGGGCCGGCUGCUCCGCCAGGUGCGGCAGGGUCUCUCCGUCGGCUGGCGCAAGCCGCGCUACCAGAAGCGCAGAGCACGCAGCAUAUCCGAGGAGUUUAGCAGCGGCGACACACCCCGUUUCAAGGACGAGGAGUCGGCCAGCAAGACCGAGUCGGGACAUGGACCCAGUAGCAGUGGCGCAGGUGGCGGCGGAGCAGGAGGAUCGUCGGUAGCUGGUGCCUCGGCAUCGGCCGCAGGCGGUUCCUCCGGCCACUACAGGCCCGAUUCUGGCUCCGGCCACAAGUCGGAUAAGUCGGAGAAGGAUCGCGAGAAAAAGGAGAAGGAGCGGGAGGAAAAGGAUAUAGAGAUGAUCAAGGUGUUCGAUGGCAACAACUCAUUCCGACGCCAGCAGUACCGGGUGAUCAUCGUGCAGCGCACCUACACGCUGGAGCAGCUGCUGACCACCGCGCUGCGGGCAUUCCACAUCACGCGCGACCCGCAGGCCUUCUACCUGACCGACCUGUACGCACCGGCCGGCAUGGAGGACACCCCGAUGCUGGACCCCACGCCCGUGCUCAACCUGACGCAUCUGGAGGGCAAGCGGCCGGCCAUUUACCUGCGGUUCCACGACCGCGACCGCGGCCAUGUGCGCGUCUACCCCGGCAAGCUGCAGUGCUCAAUGCUGGAGGAUCCCUAUGUCAGUGUUCCUGUAGAUAAUAGCACAGUUAUUAAGGAUUUGAUCCGCGACGCCCUGGACAAGUUUGGGCUGCAGGAUAACCAAAUACAGGACUACAGAUGCUCGGAGGUGCUGCUCGAUCGCGGGGUGACCGAGCGCAUCUUGUCGUGGAACGAAAGGCCCUGGGAUAUUAUGAAGCAGCUGGGCAAGGACUCGAUUCGCCAGAUGGAGCUGAUGCGUUUCUACAUGCAGCACAAGCAGGAUCCGCACGGUCCCAACAUCGCGCUGUUCGUGGGCAAUCUGCCCACCGGUCUCUCGCAGCGCAACUACGAACAGAUCCUCAACAAGUACGUAACCGACGAGAACAAGUUCAUCAGCAUCGGACCGAUCUACUACGAGUACGGCUCCGUGGUGCUCACCUUCGAGGACUCCAUGAAGGCGGUUCGCGCCUUCUACAAUCUCCGCGAGACGAUAAUCGAGGACAAGAAGCUGCUUGUGCUGCUGCUGCCGAACAUUGAGCCCAGCAUGGUGCCCUCCGAUGUGAGGCCCCUGCUGGUCUUCGUCAACGUGAAGUCCGGUGGCUGCCAGGGACUGGAGCUGAUCUCCAGCUUUAGGAAGCUGCUGAAUCCCUAUCAGGUCUUCGACCUGGACAAUGGCGGUCCUCUGCCUGGAUUGUAUGUAUUCCGGCAAAUAACCAACUACAAGAUUCUAGUUUGCGGCGGCGACGGCACCAUUGGAUGGGUGCUGCAGUGCCUGGACAAUGUGGGCCAGGACUCGGAGUGCUCCAGUCCACCUUGCGCCAUAGUGCCCCUGGGAACUGGCAACGAUUUGGCUCGCGUUUUGUGCUGGGGUUCCGGCUACACCGGCGGCGAGGAUCCACUGAAUCUGCUGCGCGACGUCAUCGAGGCGGAGGAGAUCCGGCUGGACCGCUGGACGGUUGUCUUCCAUCCCGAGGACAAGCCCGAGGAGCCGGCCAUGAAGGCGCCCUCGCAAACAACCGGUAAGAAGAAGAAGGCACACCAAGCACACCUAUCGCAAUCGCAACAAACCAAUCAGCAUCAUCAAUUACCGGCUCUGACAUCGAGUGAUAUAUCAGGUGGUGCCCAGAACGAGGACAACUCGCAGAUCUUCGUGAUGAAUAACUAUUUCGGCAUUGGAAUAGAUGCGGACCUCUGCCUGGACUUCCACAAUGCGCGAGAGGAGAAUCCCAACCAGUUCAAUUCGCGGCUGCGCAAUAAGGGCUACUAUGUGAAGAUGGGCCUGCGUAAGAUCGUGGGUCGCAAGGCUGUCAAGGACCUGCACAAGGAGCUGCGCCUGGAGGUCGAUGGCAAGAUUGUCGAAUUGCCACCCGUCGAUGGUAUCAUCAUCUUGAAUAUUUUGAGCUGGGGCAGCGGUGCCAAUCCCUGGGGUCCCGACAAGGACGACCAGUUCUCCACGCCCAACCAUUACGAUGGUAUGCUGGAGGUGGUGGGCGUUACGGGAGUGGUCCACUUGGGUCAGAUCCAAUCCGGAAUUCGUACGGCUAUGCGCAUAGCCCAGGGCGGUCAUAUCAAGAUACACCUUAAUACUGACAUGCCCGUUCAGGUGGAUGGAGAGCCUUGGAUCCAGAGUCCCGGCGAUGUGGUCGUCCUCAAGUCGGCCCUUAAGGCCACCAUGCUGAAGAAAACGAAGAGUAAGCGCCGCAACACCGAGCCGCAUAUCUCGCCGGCAGUACUGAGUGUUUCAGUGGCUCAGCAGGGAUCGGGAUCGGCAUCGGGAUCGGGAUCGGUUUCGGUAACGGGAUCCCCGCAGUCCCAGUCUCAACAGCAACUGCAGCAACAGCAGCAGCAACAGCAGCAGCAGCUGACCGAGAAUGGGGAAAAGGAGGCUUUGAUGGCCCUACCUGCCGGCUUUGGCAGCACAUAGAGCUUGGCUACCGGGCUGCGAUAUUGUUUCUCCUGUUUCAAUCCAUAAAACCAGAUAGCCAGAUAACUCAAUAACCACCGAAAAGUAUAACCACCCAUAACAGAUCAGCAGAGCGAUGGCCAAAUUGUAACCGCAAAUCGAAUAUUUAAACAAGAGCAAAACUCCAAUGCGAAAGCAAAUAAAAGCUUAUCUUCCAAAAGCGAGAAAUAGCAUUAACAAGCCAACAUGAAAAAAGAAAUUUAAAGAAUUAAAAAAAAAAAAUAGUUGUAAAUAAAAUUUGGUGCUGUCAAGCUCUAAAUACUUUGAACCACCACCCAGAAACACACACCACCCACCUAACCAACCACCCACUGCACAAUAAGAACUGUGACCACCGCUAUUGAACUUGAACUUAGCCAACUGAGGCCACCACAAUCCACCUUAGUACACACCACACGAUAAACACACACCAUACACAGACACACACACACACACAGCAAGCCACUGCGUCUAGAAGUUGUCCACAAUAUUUAAUGAAAUUUUAUGCGAUUAUUUAAUAAUUUUCUUUACAUUUUUCCGUUGAAGGAACUUGGUCAAAUUUGUUUAAAUUUCCAUUUCCGUUUCCGUUCCGUUUCUCAACUGCAAGCUUUCGUAAUCCAUCAUUCAGUAUCGAAAUAUGUAUAACCGAAACCAUUUAGUUGAUUGAGUUCCGUUGCAUUUUGCCUGAUUUCUCAGCUAGCUUUUGAAGCACUUAUAACGAACCUAAGCUAAGGCAAACGAAAAUUAUUUCCUUUACGUUAACGCUCUAUUUUCUUACUCUCUUUAUCUCUCUAACCAAAUGAAAAUACACAAAAUCACACGAAUACCAAACAAACGCGAACCAAUUUACUCUGUGAAAAUGAAUAUCUUAACUAAUUGAUACACCGUACGCUUGCCUUUUAAAUUUUCUUCCUUUAUAUCUCUCUUAACAUCAAAACGUAAAUCAAAAUCAAUAUGAUUACCGUUGAAUGCAGGCCACCAUGUUGAAAAAGAACAAGCUUAAAAUGAAACGACGGAACACCGAACCCACCAUGAUGGUAGCCGGCUCGGCCGUCCCCCAGUUGUCCUUGGCCCUGCCGCCAAGUGUGGGCGAGGUGGGCUUGGCCGGGGAUGGCGCCGAGGGCGAAGGCGGUACGAACAACACGGAUUUCUGAAUAUGGUACAGCGAGCGUCUGAUUUAACGUGCUAAUUCCAGCGCAGAACCAAAAACUGCACCACCCUACACCCCACAGACACCCCCACCCACGAUAAGCCCACCCGAUCCCCCACCCAGCCAGCAGCAAAAGCAACAAAACCAACAAAAGCAGACGAAACAACAGAAGCAAAAGGAGCAGGCUCAGAAGAAGAAGCAGAAAUCACAUAGUCCAUAGUCCACACUGACCAAACAGCAGGCAACUCGAAAAUCAAAAGCUGUAAUCAAAAUUACUUGUAUGAAGGAGUCCAGUUCAAAAGAUUAGAUCGAAUUAUAUCGAAUUUGAUCAGUUUUAGAAGCUCAGCGAACCCGGCCGCCGCCUUUCCACGUCUGUAAUAAGUACGUUAAACUCAAACAGCUCGAACCAACUCUGUCCGCAAGCAGAAAGAGCUGCGGAUAGACAGAAAACAAAACUAAAACUAAAUAGAGGGUAUAGUGUAAAAGAAGAUAUUCAAUUUCCAAACACUCAGCAAUAGUCUGGCCAAAGUUGUAUCAAAUUCAAGUUCAAUUAUGUUCCUUCUCGUUUUGUUCCUAUGUAAGCAACAGCAGAAACCGAUUAGUGAUACCGUUAAACAGAGAGAAGCGCAAGCAGUAGUAAAAGAAACAGGGAGAAUGAAAUCACAAAAAUAAAAAAAAACAAAGAGAAGAGAAGUAAAGCUAAGGCUAGAGAAACCCAAAAAAAAAACAAAACAAAAAGUACAAAAUUGUUGAAAAUUGUUUGUUAUAACUAAAUGAAAUCACAUAAAAACCAAGUGAGAAACACCGAAUUAUGUAAAAAAAAAAGAAGAAGAAAUGCUCUUUACCAACUUGGUAAAGAAAGUUGUGUUCCAGCGAAACCAAGUGUUCCGAAACCAACGAGAACAUACAAAAACAAAAAACACCCAGCCAGGACAAGACAAACGUGCAGCAGAUGCGGGAAAAUUUAUACGAAACUUUUUUUUAUGUUGUGUGGAUCGAUUUGAUAUUGAAAAUUUGGAGAGGGGAAAAAGCUGCAAAUUGCAUAGUUGGCUAAAUACUAAUUGGGACGAACAAAAAUUGAAAACCGCAGGCGGGCUUAGCUUGUCCUGUUUGCCAUUGAAUUAAAUAGAACACCUUUGGAUUGUGCAAUUGGUAUGAAUUUUCUCCGCUGCUGUGCGUCCAUAAAAAAAUAAGUGAAACCACGCGAAAUAGUAAAAUGCAUUUUCGAGAGUAGGCAACGGCAUCGCAAGUAUUUCACCUGCAUUUGUCUAAAAAAGAAAGGAAAACUUAUUUUGGAUGUGAAAUCCGACUAGAGGAAUGUGGAGACGCAAGAUCCGAAAACUACAAUUUCAACUUUAAAGCGCUUAAAAAAAACAAUUUUUGAAAGUUUUAUAACUAAUUUUACAUUACGUCUUAUGUGAACGACACGCCAACUACACACACACACACACACGAAGCCAGGGAUGAGGGCCAGGGAAGGGUCGAGUGCGGAUCCCCCGCCCCAGCGACUAUGCGCCUGCGCACUCGGCCCAUCUCUGGCACACUACACGAGCGACGACGCGGCCCAGUUGGGUGCGGGAAUAGCCGGAACUCAGAGGGCGGGACGCACCCAGCUGCCGGCCCGCCGCCCACACAAGGUCACACCGAGAGACACACGCCCACGAACAGACCAGAGUUUUUCCCCCAAGCCGUCAGACACGCACUGCCAUGGAAAGGUCACGGAAAUCGCAUGGCAGUGCUCACCAAAAUCCAAAUCCAGGCCCAUUCUGCUGGCCCCGCCCUCGGGUCCGGAUUCGGCUUCCGGACAGGUGGGUGGGUUGGCGGCAGGUCGGGAGUUUGAGCUUAACACGCCAAAAAAAAAAUUAAAAAGAACACCACCACCCUUUGCGUUCGGCAAAUCACCUCCGGCUGCGAUUAAGGGGCUCAGUGCCUGGGGUUAAUCGGAGCACACUCGACCGAUUUCCGUGACAUACGUCUCUGCUCUUCCGGCAGAGAUCGGAGGACGCGCCCGGGGCCGCCAGUCGUCGGCUAUGCAAUGGAUUGAACGAAACAUGCGCCAGAGCCAAUUCUUAUAUUUGAACCA